UUAUUGUGUAUUUUAUUUAGGGUCUCAGAAUGGAAAGAGAAGGUGGAAAAUCUUGAACUGGAUAUGAUGUUGGUUCACAAUUCUAGGGUUUUGUGUUGUUCAUUUCGAUGGACCAGUAUUGAUGAUGGGAUAUGAGGGGGAAUGAAGGUUUCAUUGUCGUCCUUUGGAGUUGUGAGCUUUGGAAGUUGGUUUUCUUCCCCAAUUGAAAUGGUGACUGUAAUCCCAUCUGAUUUUGUGGGUAAUGAUGAUACCAAGGGCCUGAGAACCAAGAAAUCAAGGAAAAAGAUGAAGCUGCAGAUUGCAGAAGCUGGUGAACCCAGGUAUGUUAUUUUCUCUACUUCUUCUUCUGAUUCUGCUUCUUCUGGUUCUGCAUCUUCUCUCCUUCUUCUCCUCUUUUGCUACUAG